GGAAGGUUGAGGUGGGGGCACAGGAAGGGGUGAGGAGCGAGCGUGGCUGCCGGGGCGCCCGGGGGAGCCGAGGGGCUGCUCUGUCCUCCCCGGCCCCGCCCGGUCAGCCUGCCGAGGGACCCCGAGCCCUCGGAAGCCCCCGGCCCAGGCUGCGCCCCGGCCCCGGCCGACCCCGGCUGACCCCGCGGGCUCAGGGCCCUGCGGAGCUGCCCCCAAGUCCCCCAAGGCCGCCCCCCACUGUGCGCCACCCCCAGCCGCCGGAGCAGGGCUGAGCCCCCGGAGCGCCGGGAUGGAGACCCCCAGCACCCCCGGCCUGGCAGCCCCGGAGCAGCCCCGAGGCCCGGGAGAACCACGGACAAGGGAUUGCCAACCACCAGCCCCUGAGCUCCAGGGGACCCUGCUGGAGGGGCUGCCUGCAGGUGACAGAUGAGGAUGCCGGGGCCUAGCGAGCCAAAGCACCCUGUGCAGUAUCACCCAGCUCCGGGUGGGGGCCCCCGACCCCAUGAGGAAGCAGGAGGUGGGCACGGGCAGGGAGGCCGGCUCCCCGGCCGAGCAGGUGAAGGCCCUCGUGGACCGGCUGGCUGGGAAGGGCAGCCAGGGCCCCCAGGCCACGCAGACCCCCGACGGGACACCGGAGACCCCACUGGGGCCCCACAGCAGUGACUCGAGGACCCAGAGGCUCCGGGAGGCCCUGCUGAGCCGGACGGGCGGCGGCCCCGGGCUGGGAGGCCCCGGGCACAGGCUGACCAGCCUCCUGCUGGUGGAGGGGCUGAGCGACCUGCAGCUGAGGGAGCACGACUUCACGCAGGUGGAGACCACCCGGGGGGCCGGGCGCAGCGCCAGGACCGUCGGCCUGGACCAGCUCUUCCAGCCCCUCUCCCGGGUGUCCGUCCCGCCCCGUGUCUGCAUCACCGUCGGCGUGGCCGGCGUGGGCAAGACAACCCUGGUGAGGCACUUUGUCCGCCUCUGGGCCCAAGGGCAGGUCAGCAAGGACUUCUCGCUGGUGCUGCCCAUGACUUUCCGGGAGCUCAACACCUACGAGAAGCUGUCGGCCCACAGGCUCGUCCGUGCCGUCCUCCCGCAUGUCGGGGAGCCUGGCCCAGUACUGGCCGACCCCCCGGCCAGGGUCCUUCUUAUCCUGGACGGCCUGGAUGAAGGAAAGAUGCCUCUGGACUUCUCCAACACCGUGGCCUGCUCGGACCCCCAGAAGGAGAUCCAGGUGGACCACCUGGUCACCAACCUCAUCCGGGGCAACCUCUUUCCAGAAGUUUCCGUCUGGGUCACCUCCCGCCCUGGCGCAGCAGGCCAGAUCCCGGGGGGCCUGGUGGACCGAAUGACCGAAAUCCGGGGCUUUAACGAGGAGGAAGUCACGCUGUGUCUGGAGCAGAUGUUCCUCGAGGACCAGGCCCUCUCGGGCCGCGUCCUGAGCCAGGUGCGGGCUAACCGGGCCCUGUACCUGAUGUGCACCAUCCCUGCCUUCUGCCGGGUUGCAGGGGCAGCGCUGGGCCACUGGGCCCGCCAGGGGCCGGGGCCCCAGGACACGGAGCUGUCGCCCCCCGCGACCUUGUGUGAGAUCUAUGCCUGGUACUUCCGGAUGGCCCUCGGCGGGGACGGCCAGGACAAGGGACCUGGGAGCCCCCGGAUUGAGCAGGUGGCCCAGGGGGGCCGCAAGAUGGUGGGGACGCUGGGCCGGCUGGCCUUCCACGGGCUGGUCAGGAAGAAGUACGUGUUUUACGAGCAGGACCUGAAGGCCUUCGGGGUGGACCUGGCCCUGCUGCAGAGCCCCCUGUGCAGCUGCUUCCUGCAGCGGGAGGAGACGGCGGCCUCCGCGGCCGCCUACUGCUUCGCCCACCUGUCCCUGCAGGAGUUCGCGGCCGCGGCCUACUACUACGCGGCGGCCCGCAGGGCCAUCUUCGACCUCUUCACCGAGGGCGCGGUGUCCUGGCCGCGGCUCGGCUUCCUGGCGCACUUCCGCGCCGCGGCCCAGCGCGCCAUGCAGGCCGAGGACGGGCGGCUGGACGUGUUCCUGCGCUUCCUGUCGGGGCUGCUGUCGCCGCGGGUCAACGCCCUGCUGGCGGGCGCGCUGCUGGCCCCGGACGAGCACCAGGCGCACCGCGCGCCGGCGGCCGCGCUCCUGCAGGCCUAUGGCACCCCGCGGCCGCCGUUGGGCGCGCGGGCCGUGAACGUGCUGCGCUGCCGCUGCACGAGCUUGCAGCGCGCGGAGCUGGCGCCCGCGUGGAGGCGGCACCUGGGCGGCGGCGGCCUGGCCGCCUCUUCGGGCCCCGCGCUCACCGUGGCGCUGGCCUACCUGCUGCAGGUGUCGGACGCCUGCGCCCAGGAAGCCAAACCUGUCCCUGGGUCCUCAGCCCGGCCGCGCUCCGGAGCCUGCUGCCCCCAGCUGCUCUACUGCCGGGGCCUCAGGCUGGAUGCCAACCAGUUCCAGGACCCCGCGAUGGAGCUGCUGGGCAGCGUGCUGAGCGGGAAGGACUGCCGCAUCGAGAAGCUCAGCUUGGCUGAGAACCAGAUCGGUAACAAAGGGGCCAGGGCUCUGGCCCGGUCCCUCCUGGUCAACAGAAGUCUGACCGCUCUGGACCUCCGCUGUAACAACAUCGGACCUCCAGGGGCCAAGGCCCUGGCCGAUGCGCUGAAGAUUAACCGGACUCUGGCCUCUCUGAGCCUCCAGAGCAACACCAUCAAGGACGAUGGUGCCAGGUCGAUGGCCGAGGCCUUGGCCAGCAGCCGGGCCCUCUCCGUGCUGCACCUGCAGAAGAACACCAUCGGGCCCCUUGGAGCCCGGCAGAUGGCACACGCCCUGAAGCAGAACAGGAGCCUGAAGGAGCUCAUGUUCUCCAGUAACAGCCUUGGCGAUGAAGGCACCAAGGCCCUGGCUGAGGCCCUGAAGGUGAACCAGGGCCUGGAGAGCCUGGACCUGCAGAGCAAUUCCAUCAGCGACGCGGGGGUGGCGGCGCUGACCGGGGCCCUCUGUGCCAACCGGACCCUCCUCAGCCUCAACCUCCGGGAAAACUCCAUCAGCCCCGACGGAGCCCAGGCCCUGGCGCGCGCGCUCCGCGCCAACAGCACCCUGCAGAACCUGGACCUGGCCGCCAACCUCCUCUACGACCAGGGCGCCCGGGCCAUCGCGGCGGCAGUGGGAGAAAACCGAGCCCUCACGUCCCUCCACCUCCAGUGGAACUUCCUCCAGGCCGGCGCCGCCAGGGCCCUCGGGGGCGCGCUGCAGCUCAACAGGAGCCUGGCCAGCUUGGAUUUACAGGAGAACGCCAUCGGGGACGAAGGGGCGUCUGCGGUGGCCAGCGCGCUGAAGGCUAACACGGCCCUCACUGCUCUCCACCUCCAGGUGGCGUCCAUCGGUGCCCCGGGGGCCCAGGCGCUGGGGGAGGCCCUGGCAGUGAACAGAACCCUGGAGAUCCUUGACUUAAGAGGAAAUGCCAUCGGGAUAGCUGGAGCCAAAGCCCUGGCGAACGCUCUGAAGGUCAACUCUAGUCUCCGAAGACUCAAUCUUCAAGAGAAUUCCCUGGGGAUGGAUGGGGCGAUAUGUGUUGCCACGGCUCUGUCCGGAAACCAUGGGCUCCAGUACAUCAAUCUCCAGGGAAAUCACAUUGGGGACUCUGGCGCCAGGAUGAUCUCGGAGGCGAUCAAGGCAAACGCUCCCACGUGCACUGUGGAAAUGUGAGCAAAACAAGUUCCUGCUGGACUGGGCAGGAGGAUGGGCAGACUCAGCUGGAAGCUUCCCAAUGUGAAGUCAGUUUUCCGGGCUGCCUUCCUGUGAUCUGGGAAUGAGGCGAUGGGAGCAGUCCUCUGCAAGAAGGAAGGAACGGCACUGCCGAAGGAGGCCGUGGGCAAGGGCCCUUUCUCCUGAGCCGAGGGUCAGCCCAGACAGGGGCCAGACGGACAUGCUGCAGGCACAGAGAAGGGACGGGGCCUCCCCCAAGGCCCGAGGGACAGACCUUCACCCAGAAUCAGUUGCUCUUUCCAAGCCCAGUAAGAGCACCAGGUGGCAUGAGUGACAGAGGGGACCCUUUUAUCUUUUCUCAAAAAGAAAAGGCUUUAGGGGUAUGAUCCUUAGAGGCAUGGGACAUUUUUGAAGAGAAACGAAGGUUUUAAUUAUAGGCAUCUAGGGCCAGAGAUUUAAAAAGUUCUCUGAGUUUUUAUCCAUUAAAAAGUCAAAGACAUGGACUUGGCCUGGCACCUGCUAUUUGGAGUCUGGCACACUGGUUAUCAAUAGCACAUUAGGUGCUGAUGCUUUCAUAAUGUUAUUUUAUAUUAGGCUUCCAGAAACCACAAUAGUGGAUACAGCUUCCCUAUGAAGGCAGGCAAGCUGAGCGUCCAUGUGGCAUAAAUUACCUCAGAUUCCUUGGUUGAAAGAAAAAAAAAUCCAUACCCAGCUUUCAUCAACUAAAUAAUCAAUGAAUAUGCUUAUGAAAAUAUGGUGACUGAUACGUUUAAAUGUGAACAGGAAUCACUUUUAUUCCAAAAUGUUUCCUUAAAAAUGCAUACAUAGGCAAAAAUCAUGAAUGGAAGCUAAAAAUCAAUGGAUGAAAGCCUAUUGGGGAAGAAGAUAUCUACGGUCUCAAAGUAUCACCCCACAAAGGGGAAUUUACAAAGGGACAAGGGAUCUAACAACAGAGAAAUCUGGCAGACGCACCUCAACCAAGUUGUCAAACGUAACAUGACCACAAUGGGACAAAGGGACAUCAUAUGCCCCAGUGAGGUGCACUGAGCAGGACACAUCACUGAAGUGUUCUUGCUGAAAAUAUUUACCUGAGGGAACAGACAAAAUCCAAAUUGAUGGACAUUCUGUGAAGUAACUGGCCUGAUUUCUUAAAGAUGUUAAUGUUAUGAAAAAUAAAAAGGUAAGGGACUAUUUUAGAUAAAAGGAGAUUAAAGAGACGUAAUAACUUAAUGCAACGGGGACACCUUUGAUUGGAUCCUAGACUGGAGGAAAAAAAUCAGGUAUAAAGAACAUUAUUUGGAAACCAAGGAAAUUUGAACAUGGGUCUUAUAAUAUUGGAUUAUGUUUUUGGAAGAUAUUUUUGCUGGGUAUAGAAUUCCAGUUGACAGUGUUUUCUUUCAGUUCAUUAAAGAGGGUGUUCCACUGCC